CGCAACUUUUGAGCAAAAAAGUGAUACUACAUCUGCAGAAGAGAAGAAGUGGCAAGCAAGCGAGGCAAAGGAUAUCUAUCUAGAGCGCGUUCAGGACGAGGGUUCGUUUGUUGUACACAGUACAGUGUCUACACGUCCUUGGUGGUGGUGUCUCAAGCUCGCCACGCUGCAAUGGUGGGGCGAGGGCGAGGCGGCCGGGGGGGAGGCAAAGCAGCGGCAAUUGGUGAUGGACGGUCUGGUAGGAAUGCAGCCAAGGGGGGCGUGCAGAAGCAGAGUUGGAAGGGGGGCCAAGGGAAAAAGUCUGAUCGAGGGGGUGGUAAGAGAGGCAGAGGGCGUGGGGGCAAGAAGGGGCAGACAGUAACAAAGGAGUCCCUUGAUGCAGACUUAGACAAGUGGCGACUGGGAGAUGCCAACAGUGCCAAGAAAAUGUUGGACGACGACCUGGACACUUACUUCAGCAAGAAGGAGACUGCCCCGGAGGAGAAGCCUGCCGAGACGAGUGCCCCGGUAGUGACGGAACCCCCUCCAGCUGACCUUCCGGACAGCAAGGCCAUGGAGAGCUGAUCUGCUUGGUUGAGGAUGAGCCCCCUAAUGAAAAUGAGGUUUUAAGGGAAUAGAGUUCGUUGAUUUGUGAAGGUUUUGACCUUUUGCUUCAUAUCCAGGAAGGUGAACUCAUGCCACUUGUGUAGGCAUCACGCAGCGCAGCGUAGACCUGCCAGAUUGCAAAAGCUGUUUGCAGACUGGGGUUAUCUUAGUUGCAGUUUCUUGGAGGUAGGCGGGACUGGUCGUGGAAAGCUUACGUGGGAGGCGGAUCCAAAACGUGUGAUUGUUAUUCCUAUCGGGCUGGACUGCUUCUAUGGAGUCCGAACUGAAAGCCAACUGCUUGAACUACUUCCGGCCAACUCAAAUAGUGCUAGCUCCUAUCCAUAUUGCAGCUUGCGACUUAGAGCAUAGUUACCUAUUGCAAGUCGUCAUGCCCACCUUAGGAGCUUAGAAGGGGAGCUGAGAGUUUUACAAAGCAUACCACCCUUGGAUCGCAAUGGAUUAGCAACGGCCGGGACGCAUCCGACUGCUGCUGCUUUGUGCACUUUCGGACGCUCUUGUUUUGAAG